GUGGAGAAAAAACAUUAUGUUAUGCUUUGUCAGCUAUUUGUUUUGAGGGUUUAACCAUUGUAUUUAGUCCUCUUAAAGCACUUAUGAAAGAUCAAAAGUACAAGGAACUCGCAUUCAAGAAAAAAUUUUUGAAGAAAUAG